AUGCCACAGCAACAGAACAGUUUUGACUUCAAAUUUAGCCAAUGCUUUGGGGACAAAGCAGACAUUGUGGUUACUGAAGCAGAUAUCAUCACAGCGACAGAGUUCGACCACACGGGAAACUUUUUGGCAACGGGAGACAGAGGGGGCCGCGUUGUACUCUUCGAGAAGAAUAACAGCAAGCACUGUGAGUAUAAAUUUCUCACUGAGUUCCAGAGCCAUGAUGCAGAAUUCGACUACUUGAAGUCGCUGGAGAUUGAGGAGAAGAUUAAUCAAAUUAAAUGGUGUCGGCCGACGAACCAGUCUCAUUUUUUGUUGAGCACAAACGACAAGACUAUUAAACUGUGGAAGAUAUAUGAAAAGAAUAUCAAGCUUGUGAGCGAGAAUAAUCUAUCCGAGGGGGUAUUCAACCAGCGCGUGGCAGGUUCUGGUUCCGGUUCUGCAAAGGCCGUCCUAUCACUACAAGCCCUGAGAUUGCCGCGGCUUUCAUUACAUGACAAGAUCAUCGCGGCAACGCCCAAGAAAGUCUACUCGAACGCACAUACAUAUCACAUAAACUCGAUCUCCGUGAAUUCCGAUCAGGAGACAUUCAUUAGCGCCGAUGAUUUGAGGAUCAAUCUUUGGAAUUUCGACAUACCAGACCAAAGCUUCAACAUAGUUGAUAUCAAACCGGCGAAUAUGGAAGAAUUGACAGAGGUCAUUACAAGUGCAGAAUUCCAUCCGACACACUGUAACUUGUUAAUGUAUUCAAGUUCGAAGGGUACCAUUAAGCUUGCAGAUAUGAGGCAGAAUGCCCUAUGCGAUUUCCGCGCGAAGACAUUUGAGGAAUACAUGGAUCCAAUCCACCACAAUUUCUUCACAGAAAUUACAUCUUCUAUAUCGGACGUCAAGUUCAGCCCAGAUGGCCGUUAUAUUGCCGCUCGUGAUUACUUGACUGUAAAGCUAUGGGACGUGAACAUGGACAGUAAGCCUCUCAGGACUAUUAAUAUCCAUGAUCAGCUGAAGGAAAGAUUAAGUGAUGCAUACGAGAAUGACUCUAUUUUUGAUAAGUUUGAGGUGUGUUUUAGCGGUGACAGCUCUAGCAUCAUGACAGGUUCCUAUAAUAACAACUUCAUGCUCUAUCCGAAUGUCGUGAAGACAGGUGAUUAUGCUACAUCUACUUCUCUGGAUGAAAUCGUCCUCCAGGCGGACAAAUCGGCUUUCAAGACAAAGCGCUUAGGUUCUAUAAUGCAGCAGAGUGCAAGGAACAAGGAAUGGGGUGAUGAUAUCGAUUUCAAGAAGAGUAUAUUACAUUUUUCAUGGCAUCCAAGGGAAAAUAGCGUGGCUAUCGCAGCGACGAAUAACUUAUUCAUUUUCUCGGCAUUAUGA